AUGCGAGGCGAACUCGACUUCUUCGGAUCCUUGAAGUCCCGCGUCGCGCUGCUGAAAGGCCACAAUGCGGAGGAGCUCUUCGCAAAGGUGAAGGCAAAUUUGAUCUUCACACCUGGCGCCAAGAAACUGUGCACGUGCCUCAAGCGCUUGGGGUUCAAGACGGCCGUUAUUUCAGGCGGCUUCUUGCCUGUGGCCCAGGAGGUUCAGAAAUACUUGGGUCUGGACUAUGCGUUCGCUAACACGCUGGAGGUUGAUGAGACCACCGGCCUUUUGACAGGCAAAACGUCUGGGCCUGUGGUGACACCGCAGAGGAAGCGGCAAUUAUUAGCCACCAUCGCCAACGUGGAAGGCUGCGAGAUUCAGCAGACGAUAGCCGUUGGCGACGGCGCGAAUGACAUUCCGAUGCUCCAUGCGGCCGGGCUGGGCAUCGCUUUCUGCGCGAAGCCUAAGGUGCAGGAGGUCUCACGCUUCAGAAUAAACCAGAUGGAUUUGAGCACGGUCCUUUUCCUCAUUGGUAUUUCU